CCCCGGCCGGCCCCCUAGGCUCACGAACCGGGACUAAUGGGAUGGCCAGGCCCGAACUGAAGCCCUGUUUUCUACUAGUGUUAGUGCUCUUUACGCAGCUGUAAUUAUGUACAAAUAACUUCAUGCAGUACAGUUCAACUUUGGAACCUUCUCUACGCUCCAAGAUGUAACAAAUAACUUUGAAUCCACCCUUCAUUUUCUUUCUGCUGAGACCUGCACCGUCCGCGCAGACGGCGAGGAGCACGGCAACGGCGACAAGGGCCAUUGCUUUCUGCUGAGACCAAAGCAAAGUGGAUCUCUGCUCUGCAUGCGCGUCCAUCGUCUGCUUUGUUUUAGUAGCACUACUUUUUUUAUGAUUGGUGUCGUAGGACAGGCACGUUCUUGCUGGCUUGAGGAUCACAACCAAGUCUUGUUUUACGGAAAGAUACAAAGGAGAAAUUAAAGCAUGACGCCACUGAUUGCAAGCUUCAAUCUACGAAUAAAGCAGAGACCACCUGGUUGAUUCUCACGUACUACGUGCAUGGGCCCUCGGGCCGGGUAGUAGAUUUUAUUUUUCAAGGAGGAGGAUCACCCCAUAGCUUUUCUUUUUUCUCUUCUAUUGCUUUCCUCUUGCCAUCCUUUUUUUUUUUGUGAAAUCUCUUGCCAUCCUUCUCGCCAUGAACCGGAGCAAAAACCAACCAAAUAUUUAUUCUUUUGUUCUUCACGGGUUUUUUCGCCUCUACUAGCUAGAACUAGAACCAAUGAAUUAUUUUUUCGCUGCUCCCAUGGAAUGUCACUCAUUAGAAUUUUCCCCGCCGAUAUGAUAGAUUAUCACGCUCCAUAUCUUCAUGUGCGUCUCCGGCCAGGACUACAAUCCACUGGUAUUAGUAAUAGGCUAAGAAACACUUUGUUGGAGAGCUCGUUACUUUGCGUAAGUUUAUUUAUAAUUACUUUCUCUAUCCCCUUCUUAGUAACAAGCCAGGAAAUAGCUUGUCAUAUAUAGAUGUUCUAACUGAGCUAAUGACAGAUAUAGAGAGUAGAUAUGUUUUAGCAGGUCCUUGUCCUGCGCGCCAGCUACGUUCGGAAAUAAAGGAGGCGGCACAAGUGUGCAGCACGCAGGAAUGAGGAAAGGGCAAAGCACCAGCAGUCCAGCACAAAAGCAACAAGGAACGAAUCCAUUCCACUGUCAUCAUUCCCGAUAGACUCAAAGCAGGCAAAAUUGAAAAGGAGAGGCCCUUAAUUAGGUCCUUAAUUAUCCUCCGAACGCAGAGCGCAAUCAGGAGAAAAAAUCCAAGUCCAUUGAGGUGCACAUCUUAUUUUCUCUGCGGGGAAGGAGGUGCACAUCUUAUUUUGUGCGCUCCAUCGCCACCUUGAGGUCGAUCAUGAACUGCUCCGUUGAUCAAGAUGCACUUGCGGCCUUCACUAAGCACGUGGAUGGGCAGUUGCUGCGAGUCAACGCUCUUCUGGUAGUGCACACUGUCUUGAUGGGAGUCAUGGUCGGCAUAGGCGCCUACGGCCAUCGCUAUCGCCACCAUCCAUUGACCCGCUACCUCUUCCUUGGUGUGACCAUGUUGUUUCUACCCACCGUCUCCUAUAUUGUCUCCACCACUAGUAAUCAGCGUGCCAUCGCCGUUCCAUUUGGGAGGAAUUUGGAAACCAUUUCUAUGGUUUGCUACCCAAUCAUCCUGGGUGUCUUAGUAUGGUCUGGUCUUGUUCAGAUUGUCGGUAUCAAUACUGCUGUAAUAGUUGCUGGAGAUGCUAGAGAAGCUCGAGACAUUGCACCCCCUGCGGUAUUUCUUGUUGAAGCAAUAUGGAUUUCUUACCUUAUGGCCAUCGCAGUUCCACAAUAUCAUCUGGAUUCUCCUUGGUUUAUUUUUGCACCAUGGGCUCUUAUCUUUGCCAAAUUACUUUUGAAGUAUUAUUCAUGGUACAAGGCCAGACAAUCAUUAACACUUGCACACAAUCCUCGUCUUAUUGUUGGAUACAUGGAGCAGUUACAAGAUAGAAGCCACCACGUAGAUCUAGCAAGACCUCCCCCACUUAUAGUCACGGGAGAGGAUGCUGAAUCAGUACAGAAACAGCCUCAUGGUUAUACCUUCAAAUGGAUAUCCAAUAGAGGUCAUAGGACAAGUAUAAACAAUGGCAUACUCACCAUGGACAAAGUUUGGCAGAUCUGCGUCAUGCUUCCGACCUCGACAGCACAUCUGCUUAAAGAUGUAUGCUUUUCGUUCGCAUUGUUCAAGUUGCUACGGUGUCGAUUUGCAAGGUACACAAUUGCUGAUGCUGGCUUCAUGAAGGCCCGUAACUUUUUACGGCUUGUAUUGCUCGAGGAGAGAGAUGAGGAAAGGGUACUUGGGGUGAUUGCACAUGAGCUUACUUUUCUUCAUGAUUAUUAUUAUUCUUCACUCCCAGUUUCAUACUCAAAGAGUUGGCUGCCCAUUUUGAACAUAUUUAUUUCACUCUUAAGCAUCAGUUACUGCAUAUUUUCCAUAGUUUUUCUCACAGUGGUCAAAUAUGGUACUUUUGGUGAACCACAGUUAGCUUGUUACAAGCACUGCAACGGCACUGAUGAGUAUAGGCACUUCAGAAGUGUAUUGUUUGAACGCAUGUCACUGUGUUCACUUGCUGCACUAGUUUUGCUUGCUGAGAUGAGAGAGAUUGCUUCGUACAUCUGCUCUAACUGGACAAAAAUAGCCCUUAUCCGCUGCUAUAUAAACAAUGCUUCUUGGCAACAAUCUCCUACCACGAAGAAAUGGGUUGGCAAUCUAUUGCAGUGUAGAUGCAAGAUGUUGAAACAUUGGGAGGACAAAAUGUACUUGUGCUCAGUCAUAGUGCUCCACCCAAGGAAAACUCCAGUGGCUCUUCUUCGUCGUCUCAUUAAUCUUCCUGACCAAAAGAAGAAGGUACCAACAGCGGUGAAGGUUGCUAUCAUCCAUGCAUUGAGAAGGCAUGUGCGAGCCGGAAACAAUGGCGUGCCAUCUCUGCCCAAGAUCCUGCAGCAGCUACAAGUCGGCGACAGCCUACUUUGGACGUUCAAUGGCGCCAAAGGUACAGCUGACAUCAUGCUUGUGUGUCACAUCGCCACGACCCACGAGCAUCCUUGAAGUAAGAUCAGACCCACAGCUUCCUCCCUCUGACCACAAGAUUGUUGCUACUCACCUGUCACGGUAUUGCGCCUACCUUGUGGCCCACUGUCCUCAGCUACUCCCUGACUUCGACCUCUGGUGUAAGGGCGUGUUUAAAGACGUUAAGAAGGAAGCAGAGCACAUCCUCAUCGGUGUUAUCAGGCCUGAAGCAACGGCCCAGGUGAAGUACCAGAAGCUAUCCGAGCAGCUGAGCACAAGAUCAGAGCAUGAGGUGCUCAAGAAUGGUGUGGAGUUUGGGAGGCGACUGGUGGAGCUGCCUGCAGGAGAAGAGAAGGCGUGGGAGGUUCUUGUCGGCUUCUGGUCGGAGAUGAUCCUGUAUGUCGGUCCGUCGGACAACCUUGAUGGGCACGCCGAGGCCAUCGCACGGGGCGGCGAGCUGAUAACGCUCCUCUGGGCGUUGCUCGGUCACCUAGGGUAUGUCAGCAGGCCCGACGAUGCAACCGCAGACGCUGCCACUGCAUGCUAGUGCUCCUCCUGGUACUGAUGUUCUAUUCAUGCUUUUUUUUACUAUUUUUUUGUACCUCUCUCGUUGUUUCUUCAUUAUUUCAUCUUGAAUGGUCGUGGUUUGCUGUCGUCUUGGAUGUUUCAUGUGAUGGACGGAUUUAUAUGUACUACCAGUACCAGUGUUUAUCUUGAGUUUUGUGAGUGGCACUCCGAAUCUAGUGUCUGGAUGAGUCUUUAGUAUGGUACUGAAUUGUAC